AGCGCAGAGAGAUGCGCUCAUGGAUGCUCUUGAAGUUGCAGCGUGUCGGUGCCAAUACGACUGCUGCAGCGGUGGCAAGUUGCUAGUGCGGUGCAGUGCCGCAGCUUUAACCACUUCACUACAUAUAUGUAUAUUUUUUCCUCUCUAUUCUUUUGCUGACCCGAACUGGGAGGAACAUCGAAAGCACCACGUAGAACGAAAAUGUACUGCUCUAUCGGGCGUCGGUCUCGCAUCUGAUAAAAAUAAAGGAAGAAAAAGAAAAAAAAAGAACUGCAAUUCGGGCACGCGAUUGGCUGGCAGCGUCCACAUGGAAGCGCAAGGAACCAAUCGCAGCGGCCGCUUCCUGCUGCACACGUUCUCGCAGCUCGCGAGAGAGGCGAGCCGAGCACAGGCACAGCCGCCGACGAAGUCUGCGACCCGUAGAUUUUGUCUUCUUGGCCCGGCCAAUUGGACAAGACAGGCUGGAGCGGCUAGCGUAACAGUUUCUUCACAGGACGGCCCUUCACGGAUACAGUACGCUGUACUGUCUGACUUUGGACAAGUCCCUGCCAUAGGAUGAACGCGGACUUGCAGCAGCAGCCUGCCGAAGGGGCGGCGGGACCAUCCUCGUCGACGGCGCCGGCCGCAUCUGGCGGCUUCAGCUAUGAUGAGGUGUUCCCCGCCCUCCCCGAGAAGGAGGCGCCUGUGGAGGCAGGCAGCGCGGGCGGCGCCGGGAGCGGGGGUGGUGGCGCCCUGGGCCAGUGGAACCAAAAGAUGCACGUCAAGUCUUCCGUCAUCACCCAGAUCUUCCACGUGCCGAGCGAGGAGCGCCGUUUCCGGGAGACUAGCUCGCAGCGGUUUGGGGAGCUGGGGGAGCAGGCCAAGAUCUGUGCGGACAUCAUGCGUGACACCCAGACCACCAUUGAAGUGAGCUCGUCCCGCGACCACUCGCUGACUGUGCUGGUGACGGGACGGGAGCGCAACGUGGCCCUUGCCCGGGCACAGGUGCUCCGUGCCCUUCAGACACAGGCUCAGGGUACCAUCCAGAUCCCCAAGGAACACCAUCGCUUCAUCCUUGGCAAAAAUGGCAAGAAGUUGGCUGAAUUGGAACAGAACACCGCCACGAAGAUCACGGUACCAAGGACAGAUGACAACUCCGACGUCAUCACGAUCAGUGGCACCAAGGAGGCCAUCGACCGGGCACGCGAUCAGAUACAGAAGAUCUCAGAGGAAAAGUCAAAACACGGUGUGGAGGAGCUGAAGAUCCCCCGCAUGUACCACCCAUUCAUUGCUGGUCCGUAUGGCAACAGUGUGAAAGCUCUGGAGCAGGAGACGGGCACUCGCAUCCGCCUCGACCGGGAAGAGGAUAAGGUGACCAUCACUGGCGACAAAGAGAAUGUGGCCAAGGCCAAGGACUCGCUCAUGGCCACCUACGAGGACCGUAAGGUCCACUGCCAGAGUGUUGGUGUUGAGGUUAAGAAGUCGCAGCACAAGUACGUGCAUGGCUACCGGGGCCAGACCCUGCAGGACCUGUUCGAGCAGACGGGCGUCUGGGUGGAGGUGCCGCCCAUGGAGAGCGACGUGGAGACUAUCGUCCUGCGGGGCAACCCCCAGGACUUGGGCCACGCCCUCUCGCUCGUCUACGAGAAGGCCAACAGCUAUCAGAUAGUCGAAGUCCCAGCCAAGAGCUGGAUGCACAAGUACAUAAUUGGCAAGAAGGGUGAGAACAUUAAGCGCAUCACGGCCGACUACCACAAGACGCACGUGGACUUCUGCGAGGACGAGAAUGUGAUCCGCAUCGAGGGCCCCAAGGAGGAGCUCGAGGCAGUCAAGACGGCGCUGGAGGAGAAGGUGCACGAGAUCCAGUCCACCAUGGAUUCUGUUGAGAUCAAGGUUGACCCCCUGUACCACAGACACAUCAUCGGAAAGGCUGGUUCCAACGUGAACAGGUUGAAGCAGGAGCUUGGUGUGACGGUGCACGUGCCAGCAGACGAGGAGAGGUCACCGGUGGUGAGGUUGGAGGGCCCACCCGAGGGGGUGGCCCAGGCAAAGGCGGAGCUGCUCGAGAUGGCCCACAAACUUCAAAACGAGGUGACCCGCGAGCUGUGCGUGGAGCAGCGCUUCCACCGGACACUCAUUGGAGCCAAGGGAGAGGCAAUCCAGGAUGUCCGCAGGCGCUUCAACCAGGUGAAUGUUACGUUUCCGGAGCCUGGAUCACGCAAUGACAAGGUCCUAAUCCGGGGUCCUAAGGAGGAUGUGGAGGCAUGCCACCGGCAUUUGAGCCAGAUAUGCCAGGAGCUGCAGGCCUCAAGCCAUCGUGUGGACCUUGUGCUCUUCAAGCAGUUCCUCAAGCAUCUUCAGGGCAAGGGCCGGCCGCUGGUGCGGCGAAUCCAGCAGGAGACGGAGGCACGGAUCGACCUGCCCCUCGAGUCGAGCAACUCAGACGUGGUCAUGAUCACGGGCAAGAAGGAGAGCGUUGCUGCCGCCAAGGAUAAGCUGCUGGAGGCCCAGCGGGAGCAGGCCGAUGUCAUAGAGGUGCACCUGAUGAUCCCCUGCAACCUGCACAAUGCCAUCAUCGGAGCCAAGGGCCGCCUCAUUCACUCCAUCAUGGAGGACUGCGGCCGCGUCCAGAUCACGUUCCCCCAGCAGGACUCCAAGAGCGACCGUGUCACCCUCAGCGGACCCAAGGAUGACGUCGACAAGGCCAAGAAGCAGCUGCUCAACCUGUCCAACGAAAAGCAAUUGUCCAGCUACACAGAGGAAGUUCGGGCGCAACCAAAACACCACCGUUUCUUGAUUGGCAAAAAUGGUUCCAACAUUCGCAAGGUGAGGGAGAAGACGGGUGCAAGGAUCAUCUUCCCAUUAGAACGGGACGAGAACCAGGACACAAUCGUCAUCAUUGGCAAGAAGGAGGCUGUGCUGGACGCAAAGAAGCAGCUUGAAGAAAUGAUCGAAAGCCUGGAGAAAGUUGUGGAGGAGGAGAUGCACAUUGACCCCAAGUACCACCGCCACUUUGUGGCGCGGCGUGGCGAGGAGCUGCAGCACAUCGCCAACGAGUUUGGCGGUGUGCAAGUGAGCUUCCCGCGCAGCGGUGACCACAGUGACGUCGUCACUCUCAAGGGGGCCAAGGAGUGUGUAGAGGGCGCUCGCAAGCGCAUUCUUGAGAUUGUCCAGGACCUUGAGGCCCGGGUCACCAUCGAGUGCGUCAUCCCGCAGCAGCAUCACCGUACCAUCAUGGGCGCCAAAGGCCACAAGGUUCAACGCAUCAACCAGGAGUUCAACGUGCACAUCAAGUUCCCCGAGCGCGACUUCCGUGAUCGGGAGACGCUGGAGAAUGGAGACGUGGCGGUGAACGGUGAUGCGGCCACUGAGGAAGAGCCAAGCAAGCCGCGCAAGGAAGACCUGAUCCUCAUCACGGGCAAGCAAGAGGACUGUGAUAAGGCACGCGAAGCCCUGCUUGCUCUGGUGCCCGUCACCGAAGAGGUGGAGGUUCCGUUCAAGCUGCACCGCUUCAUCAUCGGCCAGAAGGGGGCUGGGGUGCGACGGCUCAUGGAGGACCACGACGUGAACAUCACGGUGCCCCCACAGGCCGACGAGAGUGACACCCUGGUGAUCUCUGGCCUGGCUGACAAUGUGGCCUCUGCCAAGGAAGCUCUGCUUGAGCGUGUCAACCAGAUCCUCGAGGAGGAAGAGGACAGGAAGCUGCGCAGCUUCCAUCUGGAAGUCGAGGUGGACCCCAAGUACCACCCCAAGAUAAUAGGCUGGCGGGGGGCAGUCGUCACUAAGAUCCGCAAAGACCAUAAUGUACAAGUGCAGUUCCCCGAGAAGGGCGAAAACAUCAUCACCAUCAUCGGCUACGAGAAGAAUGCCUGCACUGCGCGGGAUGAGAUUCUGCGCAUUGUCAAGGAGUGGGAGGACAUGGUGACAAAGGAGAUAGAGAUAGAUCACCGAGUGCACUCCCGGCUGAUUGGGGCCAAAGGGCGCAACAUUCGGCGCCUGAUGGAGCAACACAAAGUGGAGAUAAAGUUCCCACGGCCCGAGGACCCCAACAAGGACCUGGUGCAGGUCACAGGUGCGGAGGAAGACGUCGAGGAUGCCCUCGACUACCUGAAGCAGUUCGAGGACGAACACCUGGAAGACAUUGUGGACCAAGAGAGCUACCACCACAUGUCCCGCCAGAGCCAGAACAGCGGCAGCGGUGGUGGUGGCGGCGGCAGCGGUGGCAACAACUCUCAGGGAUGGACCGAGACGUCCCCCUCGAGCGAGGGAUUCGUUGUGCGCGGUGGGCCCUGGGAGCAGCGGGCGCCCGACACCACGAGCACGCAGGAGUUCCCCUCGUUCGGCGGCGGACCGCCUCUCGACUCUGUGCCGGCCAAGCCUGUGCCCUGGGGGCCCUCGCGCCGCUAGGCAAACAGCCACGGGGCCUUCCUCCUCUUUUCAUUCGUGGCAGCCAGCCUCCUCUCGGGAGUGCAACUCUCCACUCCACCUGCCCCGCUCUCUUCGCCCCCUUUUUCGUUUCCACGACACUGGCCCCUUAAUCCACUCCACUCCAUUCCUUCCUUCCUUAAACACUGUGCUCCGUUGUUUGUCUGCGUCGCAAGAGAAAAAAACAAAUUGGGUCUUCCUUUUUCGCCACUUGCUUGUACUGUUAGCUGUGUGCACGGUAUGGGAGGAGAGCUGCUCCGGACCAGACGUAUGAAAGAACUGUCCCUUGAAGCCAAGGUUUUCUUCUUCCUCAUUUCUCUCCUUGUUUUUGUAAAGGCGUCCCUAUCUUUCUUUUUUUCAACUGAUGUGCCUGCCUUCAUAUCCCGGUCCUACCCCCACAUUCUUUAUUUUUUUUUUUGUGCAUCUGUUGGCUGCAUUGCAGCGAGUGCCUACAAUCUGCCCUUCUGGACAGCAGUCAUCCAGCAGUCAUCUUGCUUCGACUGAAAGCCCUUCUCUUGUAGCUUUCACGAAGUCUUUCCUUACUUUGUUCUCUUUGUAUGUGUGUUGCGAUGUAAUGUAAAUGUGUGCCUGAACUGUGAUUGUUGUGUGUGACAGGCCUUUUCUUCUUUUUUUUCUUCUCUGCACUCGUGGUGAAAGGUAGCUACUACAUUGUAGGCCUAUUAUUUUUGCCUGGCCUUGCCCCCACCCCUAAUACAUUUUUUUUAAAACUUAGUUACCAAUUAAGCUGCCGAAAUUGCUGUGUUGUGUUCUUGGAGAAAAUUGGCUGCCAGUACAAGUAAGUCAUUGGUUUUCAAGCCCCCUUCUUUCCCUGUUCUGUCAUAAUACACCCUCUGUCCUUGUUUACUUGAAUCCAUGCCAGCUCAUUUCUGCCUAAGGCAGACACUGUCGUCAUGGUAAAAACUGUUUCAUUUCUCUGCUGUUCACUAAACCGGCUUGGACGCUACUGCAGCUUUUCGUGCUCUCGACUUGUUUGGUUGUGGAUUAAAUCCAAACGGCUGCCUCUGAUGUUGUCUUGCAGCUGUUCAGGAACUGUUAGUUUGCUCACCACCGCUGACAGGAAUUCCUUUGUUUGUUGUGAGAGAGUGUGCCGUUCACAUGUUGUGUACACGCAUGGUUGCAAGUGUAGCAAGGUGCCGUCUUCUCAUGUGACUGCUGUGGUUACAUUUUUCCUGUAGUGUUUUCUGUGGUUGCGCUUUGUUUUUCAAGAAACUGAACCACGUUUGUGCUUCCGGUGCUGACAAACUCUCUUCUUUUCUAAUAAUUGCAUAUCUGUACGGGUGCUUCUUCAAAUCGCCGGACAAAACAAAGAUCAACAUUUUCCUCUAGUGCUCGGGUGUGGGGGGGGAUUUAGUUUUCUCUUUUUUUUAUAUAUAUAGGGAAAGCCUGCAUUUGAAAAGGGAACCUUAGUUCAUAUAUUUACACUGGCCUCACGCAUGGAACUACUGUCUUGCCUUGAUUUUGUUUUUUUAUUUCCAGUUCAAUUUUUUUCACUGGGCUUCAGAUUAAAUUUCAUUACACUGCACCUUGCACACAUGAACUCUGCUGGUAGGAAUCUAAUUUUGAUUACACAUACACACAAAAACAGCAAGCGUUGCUGCAAACAACUUUGACUGUCACAAAGGUUAUUUUGUGUAGGGUUUGUUGUUCUUUCCAGCAGCUUGUAGUACAUUAGCUGUGGCAAAAGAAAACAAAAAUGAGCAGUUACUGUCUUCGACAUUUUGGUGAGAAAAAUACUUGUUGCCUCCCCCCCACCAAUUAUCCUUGUGUUGUUUUUGUUUUUGUGAUGCAACUGUUUGAUGAACUGCAUAUGUUUUUUUUGUCUCAAUUAGUAGUAUACAGUGUGCUACUGCUACUGUUAAAUGGUUUUACUGUUGCUUUGUGCAGUUGCUGGAAAUCUGGCAUGUACAAAAAAAAAAGACUGCUUUCCUUACAAAAACUAUCGAGCCUUCCACAGCUACUUGUGUGCUUGUAUACCUAAAACAUAUAAACCGUCGUUAUUUUUUUAGUCUCUUCUUCUCCUCCUUCUUUUCUUUCUUUUGUUGUAUGGUGUGAGUGUCCUCCACAAACAAGCACAAGUUGUGUAAGGCAAUGCUCAAGUUUUUCUGGCUGCAAAAGAGGAAACGUAAGCUCUGAUGUUCCCCCGAGACCCCAUAUUUUUGUUGUGCAGUCUUUUUGUUCACCACUGUACAGAAGAAAAAGCCUGGUAGAAUUUGUCCCCUCUCUAUACACAUUCUCUUAAAAGCCUUCACCUUAAAGUUUCUUCUUUCUUCUUUUUUUUUUUUUACGGGAGGCAAAUUUUUGCUUGUUCAACUGAGCAUGUUGGAGCCAUGCUCGGGCUCAGGCUUGGGCCCAGUGUGUCGAUAACUUUUAUUUUUCUUUGUUUGCUUCACAUUGUGUGCAAUGUUUGCAACUCCGAUCAAGUUGUACAAGUUGUGCUGGGCCUAGCACUUGUCUCACCCCCUCGCCUUGUCCCAUUCUUUCAACCCUCUUCAAACUUAUUUUUGUGGAGAACUUUGGAAUGUGUAGUCACAAGCAUUUUAGCAAAAAAUGCAGGAUUAAGUGCGGCGGUCUGAAACCUUUAUCUCUCUUGGGGGCAGUGAACCACAAUGUUGCUGUGUGCAGAAUGGUGAUAAAAGCAAGAAGAGUGUCGGAGAAUGUCCCUGAUGCCUCCCAAUGUGGUGGCUUGGGUUGAGGGUCCUAGUUGGGGGCAAGUUUCUAUGCAGUCUUUUGUGCCAGUCGUUGUAUAUUCUAAAGAGGUAUAUUGAUCUAUAAAAGGGGAAUAAAAAAAUGUUACAAAAGUUG